AUGCACGGCGCGAUCGCGCGCGUCGCCGGUCCCACGCCGUCGCCGCUCGCCGCUCGCUCGAGGGCCUCGAACCGUCGCCGCUCGCCGCGCGUUGCGCCGUCGAGGGCCAAGGAUGCGUCGCGCGACGCGGAGGACAUCUCCAAGGCGAUGGAGAACGCGAGGGCGUGCGAGAAGAGCGGACUGAGCCCGGGCGCGGGGCUGGCCGACGCGGACGCCCAGGCCGAGGCGGCGUUCGCGGACAUGAUCAACACCACGGUGGACGUGACGGGGGAGGCGCUGGACUCCGAGGAGCUCUCGCAGUUGUCGCGCGGGGGCAAGAUGGACGAGGAGAGCAAAUCGAAAAAGAGCGGAGGGAUCCUCGGAGACGUGCGCGAUCUCUUCGGAGCGCUCAGCAAGGGCGCGCACAUAGUCAAGCAGAAGGGCGGUCGCGUGUGA